AUGCAGCCCACACAAUGCCUAAUGAAACGGGUAGCCAGACAUGCCCUGAGUACGAAGAAAGCAAAUAAGGGGUUCUACAAGGGUACUGGAAGUGGUUCAACAGGUCGACAUACACAACAUGGAGGGUACAUAAUCGAGUGGGAUAAAGUCAGGACAUACGUUGUGCCGCCAAAUCUUAAGGAGUGUAAACUCACACCAUUCGUCACAAAAAAGAUAUUGCCGCCGAGAGGAAGAUUCGAAAAUGAUCCCAAAGGUGCUUUCAGUGGAGAAGCAUACCUGCGGAAGUGGAAGGAUAUUUCGGAUGGAAUGACAUAA